UUUCCUCCAAGCAACCACCACCUCCACUGCGCCGGCGUCACUACCGACCGCCGUUGAGUCGUCGUCGUAAAUAUCCCACCUCUCCUCUCCGGGGCAGCCACACGCCCCUACCUCCAAGCUUGGAGAGACUGGAGCCAUGGCUACUGCCGCCCCGCCGGCGGCUUCCGGUGCCCGACGCCUCGGCCGGCCGCGGGCGGGGCUGCGCGUCGGGGCAGUGGCGGCGGCGGAGGGCCCGUCGUGCCUGUACGUGGGGCCCAUCGAGACGGCCAGCCAGGAGAUGCUCGAGGCGCUCUACCAUCAGGCCAGGGAUUCCUACUACAGCGGCCAGCCUUUGAUUGUCGAUGACAUGUUCGACAAAGUUGAGUUGAAGCUCCGGGUUUAUGGAUCCCCAUCCGUAGUGAAGUAUCCCCGUUGCAGCCUCAAGAGGCAAUCGACGUACGCAGACGCUGAGGAGGACAAAUCAAUGUUCAUGGCACUCUCAAGCAUCUGGAUGCUGCUGCUCUUGUUUGGCACAUCGGCAUUUCUCGUUCCCUCUCUCUGUAUUCUAAGCCUCACUUUUGGGGAUGCAUUCGGAGCAAGGUAUCUCUUGUAUGGUGCAAAAUCGUUUGAUGUGAUAACUAGGGUAAAUGACAUGGUUUUAAUCGGAUUGGGCUAUCUGAUUGGUUAUCCGAUUUCAUCUGCAUCUGUUGGUGCACUGCAAGGCUUGCUGACAAACAAUUUGGUUGCACUAAAAGGUUCUUGCCCAAAUUGCGGUGAGCAGGUCUUUGCAUUUGUCAAGACGGAUAAUUCCAUCAAAGCUCCCCAUAGAGCAGAAUGUCAUGUCUGCAGCUGCCCACUGGAGUACCGCACUAAAGUUGAGAAAUCCUUGUCGGGAACUAGAAGAACAUGGGUUUAUGGCAGAGUUUAUCUUGUGAAGCAAGGGCAUCCAAGGAAGCGGAAAUGGUUGAAAGACUAAAUUGCCAGUGCUAGAUGCUGAAGAAAGUUUAGAGGAUGAUUUUAAGUUAUGUGGCUAUUCUGAACUUCUGAUUGACUGAAACAUAUUUAGAGAUGUUGCUCUUACUGCUCCAAUGUGCUUAUUUGUUUCUCUGUUCAACCAAUGUAUCUUGUAAAGUGGUAAAUUCCUUGGAAAGAUUGCCAAACAUGAACAAAUGUUAAAUUGAUGAUGCAGUAUUAUGAAUAAUGGCGUGCCUUCUCAUA